AUGCCUAUCGAUUAUUAAGCGAAAUACUAAAAACGCGCGUAAAAUGGAAGACAUAGAAAUAAAACAAGAAAAUGAUUCCAUAAUUGAAACAAAGCCAAAAAUAGAACAAGAGGAAGAUCAUGUGGAUAUUGAUAAAAUCAGCUCGUUAAAGGCACUUGGGCCGUUCAUUGCAGCUCGCGAAAAUAGUAAGAAUACAGUUUAUCUAAGUGAUGUGCCAGCGAUAUGCAAAGACCAGCCAUGUAUGUUGGGCGUCGACGAGGCGGGCCGUGGUCCUGUGCUGGGACCUAUGGUAUAUGGCAUCUCCUACUGUCCGCUGAAUAGUAAAGAGGCUCUAGUCGAAUUGGGCUGUGCAGACUCCAAGCAGUUGACAGAGGAAAAACGUGAUAUCAUCUUUAACGAUAUGAAUACGUUGGAGUAUGCCAACAGCUGCAUUGGCUGGGCCGUGGAAAUAAUUUCCCCAAAUGUUAUCAGCAACAGCAUGUACAGACGCAGCAAGUGUUCGCUGAACGAGGUGUCCAUGGAUUCCGCAAUGGGUCUUAUACAGCGUGCAAUCGAUGCAGGUGUUAAUAUAGCUGAGGUCUAUGUGGACACAGUGGGCCCACCGGAGAAGUAUCAGGAGAAACUGCUCAAACGAUUUCCAAACUUCAAGAUAACAGUGGCGAAGAAGGCUGAUUCCACCUACCCGAUUGUCUCGGCGGCCAGUAUAUGCGCCAAGGUAACCCGUGAUCAUGCUCUAAAGGUCUGGCAGUUUCCUGAGGGGCUGGUCAUCAAAGAUAAUGCAUUCGGUAGUGGCUAUCCCGGCGAUCCAGUUACCAAACGAUUCCUAACCGAAAACAUUGAUUUGGUCUUUGGUUUUCCGCGCCUGGUGCGAUUCAGUUGGUCAACGGCAGAAAAUGCGCUGGCCGACAAGGCCUACGAAAUGGAGUUCGAUGAGCCGGAUACGGAGAAGCCCAAGUACGCAGGCACAAAGCUGACCAAAUUCUUCAAGGGCACCACCAAAACGGGCGAAGUGAAGCGUGAGGAGUGCCGCUUCUUCAAACAGUGCCACUUGGACAAUGUUACGGAUUUUUAGAUUGCCCUUUAAUAACUAUUAAUAAUUUUAGUAUAUG